AUGGGUAUUGAAGACAUUAGCACCAUGAAGAAUGGGUUCAUAGUGGUGCCGUUUAAAUUACCGGAUCACAAAGCACUACCCAGAACCAAAGAAACUCCCUUGCAUUUCAUGUUUGCUAAAAGACACCAGAGUUCGAAUGCCAACGAAUCUAAUUGUUUGUUUUUGGUCAAUCUUCCACUCCUAUCUAACAUAGAGCACAUGAAAAAAUUUGUUGGGCAACUCUGUGGGAAAUACGAUACAGUAUCACAUGUAGAGGAACUACUAUAUAACGAUGAGUUUGGCUUACAUGAAGUGGAUUUAUCAGCAUUGACCUCCGAUCUGAUGUCCCCCGCCGACAUCAACGAGAAGAGAUACACACCAAGGAAUACAGCUUUAUUAAAAUUUGUUGAUACCGCAAGCAUAAAUAACUGCUGGAAUGCUUUAAGGAAGUACUCGAAUUUGCAUUCCAAGCAUCCAAGCGAACUAUUUGAAUGGACCUAUACGACUCCAUCAUUUGCAACUUUUGUCAAUUUCUAUAAACCACUAGAUAUUGAUUAUUUGAAAGAAGAUAUUCAUACGCAUAUGGCAAUUUUUGAACAGCGUGAAGCUCAAGCGCAAGAGGAUAUUCAAAGCUCCAUAGUAGAUGAGGACGGAUUCACAUUAGUUGUAGGAAAGAACACUAAGUCAUUGAAUUCCAUAAGAAAGAAAAUUUUAAACAAAAAUCCACUAUCCAAACAUGAAAAUAAGGCUAAGCCAAUUUCAAAUAUAGAUAAAAAGGCAAAGAAAGAUUUCUAUAGAUUCCAGGUUAGGGAACGUAAAAAGCAGGAGAUCAAUCAGUUGUUAAGUAAAUUUAAGGAAGAUCAAGAAAGAAUCAAGGUAAUGAAAGCCAAGAGAAAGUUCAAUCCAUACACUUAA